UAUCCGAAUCUGCAACAAAGAAUCCAGCCUACCACGACACCGUUUUAGCGAUUUACAAACAAAAAACACCUCUGAAUCUUUCAACGUACAACACAUAAACAAACAAUGGCGUGGUUGGAUACAACAAAUUAAAAGGGGAAAUUACCACUUCUAGCAAAACACAGAUGAUUGAUGAAUGAUAAGAGCAAUAUCCUACUCCAUUACAAACUACACAAGUCACAACCUUCAAACUCCAUCUUCGUCUCCGCAACAACCAUGCCAAACACGCCCUUACUUACCAUUUUCUCUCUCCUCCUUCUCUUUAUCUCAAUCCCCACCUCGACUUCCCUGAAAAUCCCGUUCUACCCCUCUGACGUUCUUCCCCUUCUUCCUAAAAAGGUUUCAUGGCCGGUUCUUAAAACCCUGAAUAAGGCGGUUGACCUUUUGCCGACUUUCGUGGGUGCCGCUUCUUCUGCUCCCAACAACAGCUUGGAUUGGAAAGGGGCUUGCUUUUAUCAGAAUACUGCCUGGCUUGAAUUUCAUAAUAAAAGUGGCAGUCAAUUUGGUGGGGGUACCCUUCAUAUUAAGAUCAGCGAUGCCCAUAGCUGGACCUGUAUGGACAUUUAUGUCUUUGCAACUCCAUAUCGUGUGACAUGGGACUACUAUUUACUAUCUCGGGAGCAUACUCUGGAAUUCAAAGAGUGGGAAGACAAAUCAGAAUAUGAAUAUGUAAAAGAACAUGGGGUUUCCAUUUUUCUUAUGCAAGCUGGAAUGCUGGGGACUUUGCAAGCAUUAUGGGAGGUCUUUCCUCUGUUUACAAAUACUGUUUGGGGUGAGAACUCUAACCUUGCAUUCCUUAAGAAGCAUAUGGGGGCUUCUUUUGAGGAACGCCCUCAGCCUUGGGUUACAAUUCUUACAAACAUUACCACUGAUGAGAUACAUUCUGGAGACUUACUGGCUAUAUCAAAAAUUCGUGGCCGUUGGGGUGGAUUUGAGACCCUGGAGAAGUGGGUCACUGGAUCCUAUGCUGGUCAUAGUGCAGUGUGUUUGAGGGAUUCCGAUGGGAAGCUAUGGGUUGCAGAAUCUGGACAUGAAAAUGAUAAGGGUGAGGAUAUUGUAGCUUUGCUUCCAUGGGAUGAGUGGUGGGAAUUUGAGUUGACUAAAGAUAACUCCAAUCCCCACAUUGCACUGCUUCCCUUACAUCAUGACUUGCGUGCAAAUUUUAAUGAAACUGCUGCUUGGGACUAUGCAAGAAGCAUGGAUGGGAAGCCAUAUGGUUACCAUAACCUUAUUUUCAGCUGGGUAGACACUAUUGAUAAGAACUAUCCUCCUCCAUUGGAUGCACAUCUGGUUGCUUCUGUAAUGACAAUAUGGUACCACAUGCAGCCUGCUUACGCAGCUAACAUGUGGAAUGAAGCACUGAAUAAACGGCUGGGAACUGAGAAUCUUGAUCUUCCAGAAGUUCUUGUGGAAGUUGAAAAACGUGGAUCAUCCUUUGAUGAGUUGCUUGCUAUUCCUGAGCAAGAUGAUUGGAUCUAUGAAGAUGGACAAUCCGUCUCAUGUGUUGCUUAUGUUCUCCAAAUAUACAAGGCGGCUGGGCUUUUUGGGCCACUUUCUAAGUCCAUUCAAGCAACUGAGUUCACUAUAAAGGAUGCCUAUUCACUCAAGUUUUUUGAAAAUAAUCUAAGUCGGCUUCCAAGUUGGUGCAAUGAUGUUGAUAAUGUGAAGCUUCCUUUUUGUCAAAUUCGAGGAAGAUAUAGAAUGGAACUACCUGGUUACAAUACCAUUGAUCCCUAUUCCCAUAUGAACGAAAAGUGCCCAUCCCUUCCUCCAAAAUACUACAGACCGAAAGACUGUUGACACUGGUAGGUUUUAGCAAAAUAGCAGGAUUUGUAUACUUCUCAAUUCUCAUGUUGGUUCUGUACAUAAAUUUCGCGUAUUAUAGCCUUUUUUAUAUACUUCGUUUGAUGUAAGUAAGAUGUACAUAUUUUUCUGUUAAUCACAUCAUAGACGACGCGAUUAAUCUAACUGCAACCACCUCGACUUGUCUACGAUUAUAUAAAGUGUCACUUAUUCUUUUAGUGAAUUUAAUCUCACAUUAACGUUCUAGA